UGCUGUGGGCGGUGUAGCCUCUAGACUUGUGUUUCCCCUUUUGGGCUCUUGAAGGUUUGGACAUGGUUUUCUGGUCUUCCCCUGUGGCUCACCUUAUCUACUCGGCUGUGAUUUUUCCAUUGCUCCGGUGUCCUCGCUCAGCCAAGAGCCAUUGUGGUCACAGCCUGGGGGAAACCUGCUCAGAAAGCCAGCCUGUGAACUGACCUGCCUUUUCCUCUGCUGUGCUUUGAAAGUACUACACAACCUCAUAGAAGACAAGACAAGAGGAACUCAGGAGGCGUCUAUGAAGAGCCCAGGUCAAUGGACCAUGAAGACCUUCCCUUUGAGUUCCAUUGUUCUCCUGGCCUUCUUCCUCAGUGUCCACCUUGGAGCUGCCACUGAUGGCAGUGAAGCAACCCUCCACUCAAUUCAGCAACCCUGCUGCCUCAAUUUCAACCACAAGAUGCUCCCGUGGAACUGGGUGUACUCUUACGAGCUCGCCAAAGACAGCUGUCUCCAAAAGGUCGUGAUAUUCACUACAAAACGAGGUCAGAAAGUCUGUGUCCAACCACAGGCCAAGUGGGUGCAGAGAUACAUUUCUCUGUUGAAUGCUCAGAAGCACCUGUGACUCUACUGGACUUUUAGCCGAAAGACUCUUGGCUCCUUUGCCCUCACAGAACCUGAUGGAUUCAUUUAUAGUGUUCGUGGUCCUGGUGGAAGGAGGACAUGGUUUUUAUUGAAGGUUUUUAAAAUAAAGAUUUGAUUUUACUAGGA